AUGCACUGGAUAUUGACAUUGUACUUUCUUUUAGCUGCAUUAGCAUUACCCUUUGAAGACGUUAUAGCAAUUGAUAAUGAUGAGGGUCCUACAAAAGAAGAAGGAGCUUCGGUAGCAAGGACAUUGGUCAAUAGAGAGUCACUUGCAAGUGUUGCUACAAUCAAGACUUGGAAACUGCAGGAUGGCAAAACAAAACAAUUGCCUGUUAUCAACAUGGAAUAUUACGCCGAUUGCGAUGGCGAUGGAGACCCCUAUUGGUUAGUUAUAGAUGUUGGUGGUGCCAAUCAAAAUAUCAUCAAGGGGCUGCCAUUUAGUUUUGCAAUCAGAGAGGGAGAUCAUCCAGAUUGGGAUAAAGUUCCGUCAAACUAUCCAGGAAAACGUGAGGGAUCCAACGCAGGCUCUCCCAGAGUUCAAUUGACAGGUAAAUUGGAGUACGUCAAUUUUUUCAACCCAUUUGAUCCACGCAGGUUGAGAUUAGAAAGAUGUUUUGUUGAGAGACACCCAGAUUCGACAUUGUGGCUUCCAGGCUCUGUUGUGCCUCCACACAAGUCACAUUGGGUGAAGCUUAAAGUCGAUGGGGUCUACAUCAUUGGUGGGUUUGGCGAUUCAGCUUAUAUUGGGGACGUCGAGCCGGAAUUGUACCAUGCAGCAAACAUUAUUCCACCACCAGAAGAUGAAAGUGGAAGAGGAAAGGCAUGA